GAUCAACUCCUUCCUUCCAUUUCUCGCAACGAAACAAUAUUUAGACAAGAGCCAAGAACUGUUUGUUUGCUUUUCCAAAUAUUCUAGCUAAAAGAUUCCGAGAGUCUCAUUCACAUUCACGUUUCUUUUCACAAAGUCUUGUUGUUACACAGCUCGCAUCCAUCAUGUCUCUCGACCACCCUGUUCACCCUGCGACCGUCCAUUUCCCUAUCGCCUUCUUGAGCACCGCAUAUGGUCUCGAUGCCCUUCAUGUCGUUCGCCCAUACAUGCCCUCCACCCUGACCAACUACCUCCCCACCGUAGUCGAGACCACACGAAUCGGCUACUGGGCCCUCGGUCUCGGCAUCCUGACUGCUCUACCCUCGGCCGCCUCUGGAGUCGCUCAAGCAAUGAAGAUGGUUCAAGCACAAGGUCUCUUUGACCAGAGCGGAAAGCUCAAGGCAAAGUCAAAGGUCUUGAUUGCACACGCUGUGAUCAACGAUCUUGUCAUCGCUGUGUCGGCUUGGAUCUGGUACAAGAGAAGAAAUGCUUCGAGUAUGGAGUACAUCAAGGACGGUCUUAACCCUAUGGCCUACGAGCCUCAGACUUGGAUGGUCGGUGCGAGUAUCGUGCUGGGUGCCCUAUUGCUGUUCGGUGCCAACUUGGGCGGCACUCUUGUGUACGACUACGGUAUGGGCCUGUCCAUGGGUAAGAAGGUGAUCAAGAAGAACGAGUAGAUUGGUGAUGAGGAAUUGUUACACAGAACAAGCCUGGACAGUACAGAGACACAAGUAGAGACGAGCUAGCGUUCGUUUAAUGAUUACCAUGAAACACAUCAUCCAUUCUCAAAAUGCAUCUCCAGUGCAUGCUAUCAGUGAUCUUGCGCAUUGAGUGGUUACCA